AUGGGUCUCGGUGCACUGUCAGAAGACUUACCUACCCAAAUGCCAGAUGCACAGGAAGCAAGAUACCGCAAGCUUCCUGACCACCAUCACCCUGCUGCUUUCCAGGAUUGCCUGAAUGCCACCAUCCAUUUCUUGAAAGACCUGAAAACCUAUGGGGUGGAUCCAACCCGGGUGGUAGUUAGUGGAGAAAGCAUAGGAGGUGGGGCUGCAGCCAUUAUCGCCCAGGUGUUAUUGGACAGACAAGACCUUCCCAAAUUUCGGGCUCAGGUUCUGAUUAACCCAAUCAUCCAGGGGAUCAAUUUUCAGUUACCAUCUUACCGGCAGAAUCAAAAUGCCCCAUUUCUAUCUCGGAAAUUUUUGAUGACUUGUGUAUGUAAGUAUCUGGCCAUCAACGUGUCCUGGAUUGACGCCAUGGGAAAAGGUACUUUUAUACCCCCCGACAACUGGGAGAAGUAUAAGAAAUGGGUCAGCUCUGACAAUAUCCCCCAAAGAUUCAAGAGCCCAGGCCCACAACCCGAAUUUCCUGGACGUUUUAAUGAGUCUGCCUAUUUGGAAACCAGACUUCUUUUCAGUUCAGAAACUUCACCUCUCCUGGCAGAUGACAAGAUCAUUGCUCAGCUUCCUGAAGCAUUCAUGGUGAGCUGUGAGCACGAUGUUCUCCGCGAUGACACCUUGCUCUACAAGAAACGCUUGGAGGACCAAGGGGUCCCUGUGACCUGGUGCCAUCUGGAAGAUGGCUUUCAUGGGUGCAUACUUUUAUUUGAUAAGGGCAUUUUUUCUUUUCCUUGUUCACAUAAUCUUAUGAGUUCUACGGUCAGUUAUAUAAAGGGCAUAUGAAAUCUUAAGGGUGAAGCCAGUAGUUAAAUAACUGCAUAGAAUAAACAAUUAAAACUCUAGUACUGAAAACAAAUAACUCUAAAGAAACAAUAAAAAAAACCAGAUUGAAAACA